AUGGCGUCCUCACAGCAAGUCCAAGCUCAGCAACAGGCUAAGCCGGGUCUGCCAUCUUACAGGACAGAGUCCCCUGGCAGUCCGAAUAUGGACCGUCACCACCGCCGGCGUGCGGAUGACUACCGAAGGCUCGUGCAUGACCAGAAGAUUGCCAGGAUCCGGUACAGUCCCUACCCCACGACACCUUCCACGGCGAACACCUCAGGUAUGGACGUUCAAUACUGUGACGUCGGGAUUUUUCUGACCGCUAUGCUUAAGGCUGAGCCCAUCCAACCAAGCAUACUCGCUGAUCUCCCCGACGAUGCACUUGCCCACAUGAUCAAGGCAAAGCGGAUGUCGCGCAAGGCCCGCGUCAAGGAGCGGGACACUAUGGAAGUGCAGAUCAGCGAGAAGGAACAACAGAUCCUCUUGCUUCGGUCGCUCAUCCAGUCCCAUGAUCACUGCAUCCAACUUGUCGAUACCCACAUCUCCCAGCUCGAGUCCCACGCGCAGCAUCGCGAAAUCAGCAUCGAUACAUUCUUGCACAGCGAGGGAAGCUCGCCGGACGAAGGUCGCAACUCGUCGGAUGGCGGCGAUGAUAGCAACGAGGACGAGGAGGAUGACGAGGAAGAUGGUGAUGAGGACGACAGUGACGAGGAGGACGAUGGCGACGAGAACAACGCUGACGAGGGCAUCGGCAAUACGAGCGGCGAGAGCUUCGGCCUAGCGAGCUCGGACACCGCCGUCUCAAUGACCAGGGCUGUCAAGAGUCCCGAGAUCGGUGGCUGCAGCCUGAUGAGCCACCGCGGGCAAGGAAAUCAGGCCGGCUCACAGAACCUUGGUCGAGGAAGGGCUGCGGUAAGGCCCGCACAGCCAAAGAAUGUGCGCGAAUAUCGUGCCGCAGACCUCAAUCCGUCUGCAAUGCCACAAGGCUCGCAGAUCGACAUCAGGUCAGAACAACCGUCUGUAUCAGCGGCAUUCGUGACUCACAGCGAUUGGACACAACACGAGGAUUACACUGAAGAUGGCCAUCACUACGCUUUCCCGGAGCCCGAGACUCAGGACUCCGCUCAGGUGUUCAAUCAGCAGCCUGAGUCGUACAAUCCGCUUGCAUCUGAGUCUUACCAGACCAGUAUGCCGUCAUACUACACACACGAGAUGGAUCCAGGAGCUGGUGCCAGCGCUAGUCAGUACUACAUCGGUGAUGGACAGUCCUCUUCAGUGCAGGUCUACGGGGGUGGGAUCCAGUCUGUGCAGACCGGUGUAUUUGAGGCUCAGCAGGCCUCGGGAAGUUCUCAAGCGUCCACUGGCACGUCCUUUCAAGUUCAAGACGCCCCGCAUCCCGGCGGGCCGUAUAGUAUUCCCUACCCGGUGCCUGGAUCUGUGACAGUGCGUCCUGAUCAGCCUGAGGGUUUUACGACUGUGGGCCUGUCAAACAUUGGCCCAGAGCGUUACCCGCUCAGAGCUUCUGCGGGCAGCGGCCCGCCGAGUACUAGUAUCAUGGCGCAGCCCUAUCCAGCUCCUUCCACUAUGUCUGGAAACGUCAGCGGCAUUCCAGAACUUCUAGGAGGGGCACCGCGUGUUGUGCAGACAAGACCGCUCAGUUCAAAUAUCGUGCUGACGCAUCGGGAGCGGUCACGGCCUACCCGUGUACCAUCAACAAGCUCACAUGGUCCUCCGGCUGAGUGGGAGGCCAUGUAUAGUGGCUUGAUGCAGAGUCUUCAAGCAGCACCAGCCCAGCCGAUGUUGCAGGACCUUAGUUCAGAGGACAUAAAGGCUUGCCAUCUGGCAUACUCGCAGGCUGCGAAGCGUCUGCUCGAGGAGUACAUAGCACUCACUAUUCCAUUCCCAGACUCUACGCAGGUCAGCAACAAGAUAUCUGCUGUGCUUGCUCAGCUGCAUGCGCAAGAGCUGGACAAAGCAACUAUAGGACCUGACAAGAAACGGUUUUCUGCAUGGAAUAACUCGAAACUGAUCAAAGCGGGUAAAGAAGUCAUUGCAACUUUACGCGGCCAGUUCAAACAAGCUGCAAUCACACUUCUCCCCGUCCUCGUUCCUGGCCUACGACAUUACAAUAUCGACUUCGAUGCGAGCGAGGAUACCUAUGCGAUUGACACUGCACAACUGGACGAUGUUGCGAAGCAACUCCGCGAUGACCGGGCACAUUUUGUAGGCAAGCUCCUGUCAUCUUCUGUGAAGGAAACAGAGCUCCUGCAUAUCAUGGACACACAGGGUGGCACAGUAAUUGGGGCUUUCGAGAAGGACAACCUCGUCCAACAUAUUCUCGAUUCAGUCGUCUUUCAGCGCCCUGGUGGACUGUAUUCCACCCACCGACAUCUCUUUAGCAACGGCACCCCAGAUGCAUUGAUUGCUCUUGCUGGCACUGCAGCGAUUGCCAGUCUGGAGGAGUUCGAAGGCCUAGGUAGUCGCAAGAGCCGGGACUUUACUCGGGAAGCAUACCGCCCACGGAGUCAGACUCUCAUGGCGUUCAUUCGGGAUCUCAAGGCUUCCGAUGAGCACAAUUCGCGUUUCGAACGCCUGGGUCUCAAUAUUGUUCGGUAUGGCAGUGGGUGGGGGCAAGGGCUUGUGGAUGAAGACGCUUGA